AUGGCGUCUGAGAAAGGAAUUGACUUAGCUGGCGUUAAUGCUGUUCGGGCGUCCGGGUCAGAGAGUGAUAGUGACAAUGCGGCGACAGCUGAUCUCUUCCUGAAUGCAAAGGCGGCAACGGAUAAGGAGCACAAAAUGACGCUGCUACAGGGGAUAAGGCUCUAUCCAAAGGCGGUCGCAUGGAGCAUUUUGAUUUCCACCAGUAUUGUCAUGGAAGGGUACGAUAUCAGCCUGAUAAGCAACUUCUACGCUUUCAAGCAAUUCAAUGAAAAGUUUGGAGUACAAUUGGAAGAUGGUUCCUAUCAAGUUCCAGCACCAUGGCAAGCUGGCCUCAGUAACGGUGCUGCUGUUGGAGAGAUAUUCGGGCUAUUCCUGAACGGAUGGUUCUCGGAACGUUUUGGUUAUCGUUGGACGAUACUGGGAUCCCUCGCUUGGUUGGCUGCCUUUAUUUCGCUCUUCUUCACUGCGCAAAAUGUACAAACUCUCCUUGCCGGUGAAAUUCUGUGUGGUCUUCCGUGGGGCGUAUUCCAGACUCUGACAAUCACCUAUGCCUCUGAGGUGUGCCCUGUUGCGUUGCGUGGUUAUCUAACGACGUAUGUCAACUUUUGCUGGGGUCUUGGGCAGUUUAUCGGUAUUGGAGUGAUUAGGUCAAUGUUAAAUCGAGAAGACGAAUGGUCUUUCAGAAUACCUUAUGCGCUACAGUGGAUGUGGCCACUACCGCUUGCAAUUGCAAUCUACAUGGCCCCGGAAUCGCCAUGGUGGUUGGUUAGGAAAGGCCGCAUCGCAGAUGCCAAACGCUCUCUUCUCCGGCUGACUAGUCGGAAUGAUGAGACGGGUUUUAACGCUGACGAGACCAUAGCCAUGAUGCUUCAUACAACCGCGUUAGAGGCUAACAUUACACGUGGAGCCACCUACUGGGACUGUUUCAAGGGAACAGACCUUCGGCGAACGGAAAUCGUAUGCAUGGCCUGGGCGAUGCAGAAUCUUAGCGGAAACUCCUUCUCUAAUUAUUCAACCUAUUUCCUAGAACAGGCAGGAUUAUCACCUUCGCAUGCUUAUUCGUUUGCUAUGGGACAAUACGCAAUUAACAUGGUUGGGGUCUUUGGUGCUUGGAGCCUAAUGACUCUAGGGAUUGGCCGGAGAACUCUCUAUCUUGCCGGGUUAUGUGGGCUCUGCGCUAUGCUGAUGGUUAUGGGCUUUCUCGGCCUGGUGCCACAGUCACACAGAAACGCGGGAUCCCUUGCUACUGGGAGCAUGAUGAUAGUCUGGGCUCUGAUCUACCAGCUCUCCGUCGGCACAGUCUGCUAUUCCCUCGUCUCGGAGCUCUCAACCCGAAGACUACAAAUAAAGACUGUCGUGCUAGGCCGAAACUUGUACAACAUUGUCGCCAUUAUCUGUAAUGUUUUGACCCCGUUCAUGGUCAAUCCUAGUGCCUGGAACUGGGGUAAUUAUGCUGGCUUCUUCUGGGGGGGUGUCUGCUUCUGCUGUGUCGUCUAUACCUUUUUCCGUCUACCUGAACCACAGGGUCGUUCUUUUGCAGAGUUAGACGUCCUAUUUGAGCGUAAGAUUAGUGCUAGGAAAUUUGCAUCUACCCAGGUUGAUGUUUUCAACGAGGAGGUGGCAGCCAAUGUCAUCGACGCCUAUAAAGAGAAAGACUCAGGACACGCUGUGCCAUAG